AUGCGAAUCAGAGUGCGAGCUCACACCGCUAUCUGCCCCCCUGUGAGAGCUCACACCGCUAUCUGCCCCCCUGUGAGAGCUCACACUGCUAUCUGCCCCCCUGUGAGAGCUCACACCGCUAUCUGCCCCCCUGUGAGAGCUCACACCGCUAUCUGCCCCCCUGUGAGAGCUCACACUGCUAUCUGCCCCCCUGUGAGAGCUCACACCGCUAUCUGCCCCCCUGUGAGAGCUCACACCGCUAUCUGCCCCCCUGUGAGAGCUCACACCGCUAUCUGCCCCCCUGUGAGAGCUCACACCGCUAUCUGCCCCCCUGUGAGAGCUCACACCGCUAUCUGCCCCCCUGUGAGAGCUCACACCGCUAUCUGCCCCCCUGUGAGAGCUCACACCGCUAUCUGCCCCCCUGUGAGAGCUCACACCGCUAUCUGCCCCCCUGUGAGAGCUCACACCGCUAUCUGCCCCCCUGUGAGAGCUCACACCGCUAUCUGCCCCCCUGUGAGAGCUCACACCGCUAUCUGCCCCCCUGUGAGAGCUCACACCGCUAUCUGCCCCCCUGUGAGAGCUCACACCGCUAUCUGCCCCCCUGUGAGAGCUCACACCGCUAUCUGCCCCCCUGUGAGAGCUCACACCGCUAUCUGCCCCCCUGUGAGAGCUCACACCGCUAUCUGCCCCCCUGUGAGAGCUCACACCGCUAUCUGCCCCCCUGUGAGAGCUCACACCGCUAUCUGCCCCCCUGUGAGAGCUCACACCGCUAUCUGCCCCCCUGUGAGAGCUCACACCGCUAUCUGCCCCCCUGUGAGAGCUCACACCGCUAUCUGCCCCCCUGUGAGAGCUCACACCGCUAUCUGCCCCCCUGUGAGAGCUCACACCGCUAUCUGCCCCCCUGUGAGAGCUCACACCGCUAUCUGCCCCCCUGUGAGAGCUCACACCGCUAUCUGCCCCCCUGUGAGAGCUCACACCGCUAUCUGCCCCCCUGUGAGAGCUCACACCGCUAUCUGCCCCCCUGUGAGAGCUCACACCGCUAUCUGCCCCCCUGUGAGAGCUCACACCGCUAUCUGCCCCCCUGUGAGAGCUCACACCGCUAUCUGCCCCCCUGUGAGAGCUCACACCGCUAUCUGCCCCCCUGUGAGAGCUCACACCGCUAUCUGCCCCCCUGUGAGAGCUCACACCGCUAUCUGCCCCCCUGUGAGAGCUCACACCGCUAUCUGCCCCCCUGUGAGAGCUCACACCGCUAUCUGCCCCCCUGUGAGAGCUCACACCGCUAUCUGCCCCCCUGUGAGAGCUCACACCGCUAUCUGCCCCCCUGUGAGAGCUCACACCGCUAUCUGCACAGACACCGCCCGGCGUGUCGCUGCACAGCAUCAGCAGGAGAGCGCCGCUUACCAACCACUGCCCUUUACUGCGAGCUGUGCUGACAGCUGCACUAACCCGAGGACGUGA